CAAAAAAAAAAAAAAGAAAGAAAGAAAGAAAAAAAAAACGUUUAUUGGUUUAAACGCAGCGGUUUAUUGGCGCUAUUUUCGUGGCGCAAUCGUUUUCAUCAAGUUACAGAGCCGGAGGAAAAGGUGGGUGUGCAGACUGUUGUGAGUGCUGCAGCAAGCGGGGGUUGUUGGUGGUGGUGGGGGGGUACACACAGAGUCGCCAAAAAUUGCCUGAUUGGAAAAAGAACCACCUUUCCUUACAGUUAUAAAUUAAAAUAUUUUAAUAUCAAAUCCCAGCUUUCUGAAGCUCCGUGCGUCGCUGUUCGGUGUUGUUAUUGGUUGGUGAGGAUGAGGAUGUUUCUGGCAACGUGUCAGACCUUUACACCCAAAACAGACACAGCCCUUCCUCUCACUACAACACCUAUUGUUCCUCAUGGAGUCAGAUGGGUGGCGUUAAGCCUUCAGUGAACACCAAACUCUGUAAUCUGUGUGGGGUUUUUGAACCUCCGAGGCUUCCAUUCAUGCUGUGACCAUGCUGCUUUCACUCGGCUGUAGUCUGCUGUCGAUCAGUCUGUUGGAUUUAUACAGAUACAAAGCGUUUACUGGUCAAGUGAGUAUGGUCCAGUGCUGAUGGCGCACUCUGAGCUCUUUGUGACGAGAGCGCCCCCUGUGGAGGGGAGUGCCGUGGAGCUCAGCGUUCUGAGCUUCCUGGAAUCUUUCAGGGAAGAAAACAGCACGGCUGAGAGAUGCUACCGCUCCCACUCCCGCAGCAGCGUCCUCCAGGGCCUGCCGUUUGGAGGGGUGCCCACGGUCCUCGCCAUCAAUGUGGUGCUCUGGAUGUUCCUGUUGCUCAUCUUCUCCUGCCUGAGGAAGGCUGCAUGGGACUACGGCCGCCUGGCUCUGCUGAUGGAGAAUGACAGUCUCACAUCCUUGUUUUAUGGAGAACCAAGUGAGAAAGAGAAGUCUCCCUCAGAGUCCAGCCCCUCUGACUCUGAGACCAAGGACAUGGGCUUCUGCUCGUGGCUCGCAUCUCUUUACCAUAUGAAGGAUGAGGAGAUCCGUAGCAAAUGCGGCAUUGACGCCGUCACAUACCUGUCCUUCCAGCGCCACAUCAUCCUGCUCAUGACAGUCGUUUGCUUGCUGUCUUUGGCCGUAAUCCUGCCGGUCAACUUUUCCGGGCACCUCCUGGGAGACAGUCCUGAAAACUUUGGAAGAACAACACUGGCUAAUGUUAGCGCAAAGGACAGCCUGCUGUGGCUCCACAGCAUCUUUGCUCUGGUUUACUUCAUCAUCACGUCGCUGUGCAUGGCUCACCACUCGAUACGGCUGGAGUACAGAGAGGACGAGAAGGUAGCCAGGACACUGAUGAUUACCUCCAUACCCAGAGAGAUCUCUGACCCAGGACUCAUCACCAAGCAUUUCCAUGAGGCCUACCCCAGCUGUACUGUCACCGACAUCCGUUUCUGCUUUGACGUCCACAAGCUGAUGAGGCUGGACUUGGAGAGGCGCAAAGCGAUGAAAGGCAGGAUGUAUUUUGCCACAAAAGCCCAAAAGGAAGGGAAGAUCAUGAUCAAUACCCAUCCCUGCGCUCAGAUAUUCUGCUGUGACUUCUGUGGCUUUGAAAAGGUGGAUGCAGAACAGUACUACAGUGAGCUGGAAGAAAAACGGACAGACGAGUUUAACGCCGAGAAGAAUCGCAUCUCCAUGAAGAGGCUAGGCAUUGCCUUUGUGACCUUCCGUGAUGAGAGGAUGACUGCUGUGAUUGUGAAGGACUACAGUCGCGUGCACUGCCGGCGCAGACCCCAGCAGUCCAGCAUCACCACUGUGGUGCAGUCUCACAAAUGGGGGGUUAGCUACGCAUCAGCUCCCAGUGACAUCAUCUGGGAAAACCUGUCAGUGUGUGGAUCUCGCUGGUGGCUCCGCUGCGUCCUCCUCAACAUCCUCCUCUUCUUGCUGCUCUUCUUCCUCACCACUCCCGCCAUCAUCGUCAACACCAUGGACAAGUUCAACGUCACCAAGCCCGUGGAGAGCCUGCGGAGCCCUGUCAUUACCCAGUUCUUCCCCACCCUCCUGCUGUGGGCGUUUUCAGUGCUCCUGCCCUUCAUCGUCUACUACUCAGCCUUCUUUGAGUCCCACUGGACCAGAUCUGGUGAGAACCAAGUAACGAUGCACAAGUGCUUUUUACUGCUAGUCUUCAUGGUCAUCAUCCUGCCCUCACUUGGUCUGUCCAGUCUGGAUCUGUUCUUCACCUGGCUCUUUGAUGUCAACUUCCUGGAUGAGAAGGAUGUCAAAUUCCAGUGUGUGUUUCUUCCCGACAACGGUGCAUUCUUUGUAAACUACGUGAUUACGUCCAGCCUGAUCGGCACAUCCAUGGAGCUGCUUCGUAUCCCAGCGCUGACGGUGUACGCCCUCCGCCUCUGCUUUGCAAAGUCCCAGGCCGAGCGGAUACAUGUCAAACGGAGUCAGGCCUACGAGUUCCAGUUUGGCCUGGAGUACGCCUGGACCAUGUGUAUCUUUGCAGUCAGUAUGACCUACAGCAUUACGUGUCCCAUCAUUACGCCCUUUGGUCUGCUCUAUGUGAUCUUGAAGCACAUGGUUGACCGAUACAACAUCUACUAUGCAUACGUUCCCACCAAACUCAAUCAGCGGAUCCACAGAGCAGCCAUCAGCCAGGUCAUCGUGGCACCACUUCUCUGCAUGUUCUGGCUGCUCUUCUUCUCUGUGCUCAAAUUAGGUCCAGUGCAUCCCAUCACCCUCUUCACCUUAGUGUCCCUGCUCUCCUGUAUUGCCUUUUCCCUGUUCCGCUUGUGCCUUAGGAAGCAACCAGACAAGUCGACGAGCUACCAGAUGUCUGAUCAGCCAGCAGAGGGGACAUUCACUGAUGCAGACAGGAGUACUGUAACAUCCAGCACUGCAUCCAAUCUGUUUGUGGCGUCCGUGCUGCUGGAGCCAGAGCUGGCUUUGACUCCGAUGCCCUCCCCAGCCCACCACAGCUACGGUGCCAUGGCCAGCUCCCAGGGUUCAAGCCACAACGUGGUGGAGGAAGAGGAGGGUGGAGAAGACCAUGCCCAGACCCAUGAGACUGAGCUCCAAGACCCUCCAGACCCCUACUGUGCCAGCCCGCUCAUGGACAGCCCUGUGGACUACCAGUAACACCAAAUCCCUCGAGCUGAUUUCCACGUGUCCUUCACCUGGGGAACGCAGAUUGCUAAAUGCCGCAAUGCUGGGUUUUCGCCACUGACCUCAGACUCCAACUUAGCUGCCUCAGACCCUGAGAUUAGAUUGGGCUUGUUAGAAAGGAUGAAGAACCUGAAGAGGAAAGGAGUUUGAGAAUAUAGGAGCAAGACCCAUAUAAGCAUCACUAUAAAUGUAUAGACAGCAGUUUGCCAAAACAUCUCCUGAAUAUGUCUUAUGGACACAAACCACACAUCAAUCUUAAAUGUACAGAUUAUUUUAGUUGAACUAUUGGAUGUUCCAUCACAGGGGUCCCAUCUUCCUCUGUGGCUUCAUUUGCAAGUUUAAAAGGUUAAAAGUAAAUGAAAGUGAUUGGGGUGGCAUUGCCUUAGGGUAUCUAUCAGAGAUACUCUGUCCAUGCUGUGCCACUUGGACAUGAGUGGAGGUGAAAGCUCCCAUCAGAGUGGGUGGUGUGAGCAGGCCUGCCCUGGCAGACUGACAGAGUGGUCUGGGCACGGGUGAUAUCUGGUUCCUCGGCAGCAGAGCUCGGGGAGGCUGAGGGUGAGGGCAGCUAGUUGUGAAGCCAUCUGCAGCGAGAGAGCAGACAGACGGAGGGCCGAAUGUAACUCAGAGAUGUACUGUAAUAAAUGUACACUCUCUCCACGGAGGCACAAGCAGCUUGACUGUACCUGAAGCUUGUUGUAACUAUUAUCAAUUUAAGGUUGCUAUUUUUGCUACAGUAUUUUUGGUGUCAUUGAUAUUGUGCUUUGGGUUGGGAGCGGGGUGGCCACUGGAGAUUGGUCAAGGAUUUGCAGAGCUGUCCCAUCUUAAUCAGAGUAUUCACUAAUUAUGCUGUUUUGACUGUGUAUGUGAUAUAAUUGUAUUUUUAUUUAUUUAUUUUAAAUGAAUAGUUGAACAUAUUAGGAGAUAAACUAAUUUGUUUUUAUUGCUGGGUUAGAUGCGAAGAUCAACACAACUACGUCUGUACAUACAAAGCUACUGCCAGCAGCCCAUUAGCUUAGCUUAGCUUAAAGACUGUAAACGGAGGGGAAGCACUUAGCCCAGAGCCGGACUAUUAUUCGGCUGGAUGCAGUAUCUUCGCGGAUUUUUGUUGUCAUUUUUGUGUCAGUUACUGCAUCUGUCAUUAUGACAAUUUAAACUAAGCUAAGUUUAGCUAAGUUAAGCUAACCGGCUACUGCUGGUAGCAUCCAGUCUAGCAGACAUGAGUGUGGUAUCAAUGUUCUCAUCUAAUGUUCAGACAGAACGUGAACAAGAGACUCACAAAUUAGAAGCACACCCUGGAUUUACAACAUUUUGAAAAUUUGCAAUUGAGUCUACUUUCGCUUACUGCAAAACAAUGAAUCUGUAGAAGAAUUUAUCCAUUUUGCUAAUAAUGUGAAAUAUUGAAAGUAACUACACUGUGUGUUACUACCUAAGCUGUUAUAUUUUAGUUGUGAAAAUACAGAAAGCAAAAGUAUUCUGUUACCAUAAUGGCUCAAAACCAUUUAUUCAUAUUCAUUAGUGUUCAUAUGUUUCUGUGCUAAAACAAGUACAACAACAAUACAAACAGUAAAAUUCAACACAACUCUACAGCACCAUGAUUUCAGUCGCAUUAAUCUAUUCUGUGUGACACUCCACUGCAUGUCAGCUAUGUUGUAUAAAUGAGGUAUGCAUUUAUAUCCUUAAGGUCCUAAAGUUUCACACAUGCUAGUCUCAUUGAUUUUUGGUCAAUCUGUAUGUUUGCAGGUUUUGUAUUUUGGGGUUAUUUUUAUUUCCACAUGGUGGAAUGACAGUUUUUUCUCAUGAAACUGAAUGUAAACUAGACUGUAGUUUGUUUUCCAUGUCUCUUGCUGUGCCUUGAAGAAAAACUCCCUUUUUGUGUGACAAUCCAGCAUGGCCUGAAAUAUGCUGCAUGGACUGAAAACUAAUGAGCGGGGAAACAACCAAGAGAUGAAAACGCAACGACAACCACAAAAACUCGACAACCACAAAAACUCAACAACCCAGCGUAGUGAUUUGUAUUCUCAUUAACAGUUAAUGGGUAUUAGUUGGCAGAAGAGCAGUAAAAUCAUUAGAUAUUAACAAAACAAUCUUCACACUUUCAUCUUCUCCACUUUCCACCUUUUUCUGAAGCUUUUGGUCAUAUCACAUGGUCUUCAUCAGCGGAUUAGUUUGCUUAGUUGUCAUGUUGGAACUGUAGAUAUUAAAACUUUAGACUAUGCUGUGCACUUUUAACACUUUUGUCCAUGAUAGUAUACAUGUUGAGGUUGACUGUUCAUUCUCGACCGUGGAGACCAAAAACAGAUUUCUACUCAAGGUCCACUUACUUGAUUUUUCUGGAGAAUUCAAGAAUGAAUCAUAACUGUGAAGUUUUACACCAACAUGGAUGAUAAGUCAUAAAAGUGCUCAGUGUUAUGGAAAGUUUAAACAUCUACAGUUUUAUGACAAUUCUGCAAACUUUAUGUGCUGAAGACAGUGUAGCAUGCUUAAAAGCUCUGCAACAAGCAAGUCAGUGUCAUCUGCUGUUUCCAAGGUCAAGAACGAACUGUCAAGCUCAAAACUAAGUUAACUUACUGUGUCUUUAUGUCACAGCUGUUUUAAAAAAAGAUGUUUUGUAUUGUAGUCUUGUUGGUGCCUUGUUGUUGAUUUCAAUCAAUAUCCUUUCAGUUCUCAGCUGCUGUUUUCUGUGACCAUAUAGAUCAUUGUAUGACGUACAGACAAGCUCUUUUUCAAGGAUAAAAAAAAAAUCUUUAAAAGCUGUUUAUCAACUGUGAUUUCUUUGUUUUAUGUCUUUCAACAGAGUGCAGCCCUAUGUUGAAGAGUUUGCAUCAGUCUUCUCUCAGAAAAACUUCUUGACGGUCAGUAGAGUGGAUUUAAGUCCAUUUUAUGUUCCGUCUGAGAGGGUUUAUUAUGACUUUAAUCAUAAAAUCAUAUGCCUGUGAUGUUAAGUUUUUAAACUUUUUUUCAAUUGUACUUUCAUAAAAUUGAUGACAUAUUAUUUCAUGAAAUGAAAUGAAAUGUAUUUGCUCGAUUUUACAAGGAAUCUAAUUCUAGUUCCUCGUGCUGUAUAAAACAAAUGAAAGCUGGCAGGAGAGAGGGUAUGAAGUGGUCAGUGCAAGGAAUCAUGAAGUAAAAUCUGCUUUGGAAAAAAAAAAACAUCAAAGAGCAUCUCCUGUGGGUUUCUCUUCCAGAAGCUUGUUUCACAGAUCAUUAAACGUACUUUCCUUUGAAAAAUACAAAAUAAAACUUAUUAGGGUAUUCUUAGCUCUAAUGGCCAUGCAAGGAGGGAUUGUCCAUUUUCAUGCUUAACUAGUUUUAUUGUAUCCUGUCAUGACUGUUCAUAUACUGUUGGCUUGGCCAUCCGAGGUCUAUUUGUAGGCACAUUAGCUUUCCAGACGUGUCCAUUCCUUUUUGUGCUAGGUUAUGAAAUGUGAGUCUCAUGAAUACAUGAUUUCAAAUUUGAGCCUGCUGUAAAUGUGGGUUGUUAUAUCUCCAAGAAGGGUGAGGUUAAGGGACAGUCUGCGUUUGAGAUUGACCUCUGUCAGGCUAAUGAGUCUUCAUCUGUCAAAAGUGAAGUGCUGUGAUCUGAAAUUAAAAUUAAUUCAUCUCAAUCUA